UUCACCAAACCACGCCGGUACCACUAAACGAAUCGCGACUGGACGACUUCCCACUAACCCGAUCGACACGGAAUCUGAAAUAAUAUACCGGAGACAUGACGUCCUCAAUCGGCAUCCCCAUCAAGCUUCUCAACGAAGCCCAGGGCCACAUUGUCACCCUGGAAAUCACAUCCGGCCAGACCUACCGGGGCAAGUUGAUUGAGGCCGAGGACAACAUGAACGUGCAGCUCAAGGACAUCACGGUCACCGCCCGCGACGGGCGCGUCAGCCAUCUCGAGCAGGUGUACAUCCGCGGCAGCCACGUGCGGUUCUUCAUCGUUCCCGACAUGCUGAGGAACGCGCCCAUGUUCCGCAGCCGGAAUGUCCGCGGCAGGGGUGUCGGUCUCGCCAGAGGAAGGGCUACCGUCAGCAGGGCGCGGGCGAGCGGUCGUGGUGGG